AUGACCAAAAACUAUGGCUUCCUUAUCUGCAUACUUGUCAUGGUCUUGGAUAUUGUUGCUGGCAUACUUGCAAUUGAGGCACAAACAGCUCAAAACAAGGAGAAGCACAUGAAGGUGUGGAUAUUUGAGUGUAGAUACCCAAGCUAUCAUGCUUUAAGGCUAGGAUUGGUAGCUGCUACUCUCUUGGUAAUGGCCCAUGUAAUUGCUAACUUGCUUGGUGGGUGCAUUUGUGUUUGGUCCAAAGAACAAUAUCGCUCAGCUUCAGAAAAUAGGAAAUUAGCGGUGGCUUUUCUCAUUUUCUCUUGGAUCGUGUUAAGCGUUGGGUUAUCAAUGCUCAUCAUAGGCACAUUAGAAAACUCAAGAUCAAGAAAAUUUUGUGGGAUGUUCAGCCAUCGGUUUCUAUCCAUAGGAGGAAUUCUGUGUUUCAUCCAUGGAUUGUUCACUGUUCCCUAUUACGUCUCUGCCACAGCCACCAGAAGGGAGGAAGAAAAGAGGCGAGAAAACACAAGCCAUGGCGGAGUAAGACGCUCUUGA